AUUAUUAUAAUAACCUUGGGACUACAGCUUUGUCAAAAUAUAUUGCCGGUAAAUGAAAUCUGGGUGUGUAAAUGAGGAAAUACAGGUUAGGGCAGGGCAUACCUGUGGGCCGAGUGGACUGUAACACAACAAGAAAAGCAAAACAUACAACUGAUAGUAAGAGAGAAAGUACAGAAGGUAGAAACAGAGCAGGACAUUAACAUAUCCAGGCGAAAUUGGACACCAUGGAUAAGUCGUUGGACUGAACCGUUAUCAAGAAAAUCUAUCACAGAGAAAAAAGAUUAUGACAGAAUAAGAAGAGAAACUAACCCACUCGCUUUUUGAUACAAAUCUUGACAUCAUGUCGAAUUCAACUAACACAACGAGCCAGUGUGAGGACAGGUUGUGCAUAAUAGUGAAACACCAAGUGGAGCUCAUAGUGAUUCCAGUGCUGCUGCUGGGAGCCUCCCUCUGUGUGCUGAUAAGUAUAUGUUUUCUGAUGCUGUGCCAUAAGACGGAGAUCACGGAACAUAAAUACCAAAAGCAACGCUACAGUAAAAAGAGGCAGCACCUGCAGGGCAUUGAUGCACCUCCAGAGCUGAACCCCCUGGACCAUGAAGUUGUACCUAUGACCGUCCAAACCCAGAAGCACAAACCCAACAGACAGCCUGCAGAUCCGCAGUCGUCCACUGAGAGGCAGCAUUGUUCUUUCGAGCACGUCACCCCAAUGUCCCUGUCUUUCACAUUAAAACCAGACAAGACAGUGACUCUGUACCAGGCCACUAUGGACCAGAAUCCAGUUGUCUUACGAGUGCUUAAUGAAUCAGCUGAUUCCAGGGAGCGACAGGUUUUCCUGGGAUUUGCCCACUUCCUGUCAUAUCUGGGACCCCAUCCAUAUCUGCCCAGGCUACUAGGGGUGAUUAGAGACAAGGAACCCAUGUUUAUGAUCCUGGAAGGGCUGGAGAACAGAGAUCUUCUAGGCUUCUUAUGGAGAUGUAGAGCGGGCAACGCAGGUCUGGAGGCACCGUGUGCUAUUACAGAAAAAGUGCUUUUCUCAAUGGCAAGACAGAUCGCCUCAGCUCUGGAACAUCUACACAGUAAAGACUGCAUUCAUGGCAACAUCGGUGCACGAAGUGUCCUGGUUGGUCAAGAUCUCUCCGUAAGGCUCUGGGGCUUGGGCCCAGCUUUUCGUAGAAGGAUAAACGUGGGGACUUCAGGAGAGGUGAAGGAAAUAGAGAUGAGAAAGUGGCAAGCUCCAGAGGUGUUAGCUCAUCGAACUGUCAGUCAAAGCAGUGAUGUAUGGUCAUUUGGUAUCCUGCUGCAUGAAAUGGUCACAUUGGGAGAACCUCCCUUCCCUAAAGUAAUGACUAGUGAACUCGUGCAAUAUUUACAGAGAGGGAAAAGUAUAAAGAGACCAAGCAACUGUUCCAACUCACUAUACAACAUUAUUAAGGCAUGCUGUAAGUGGAAACCGGAAGACCGAGCUUCACUGAAGGAGGUGAUUUCCAUGCUCCAGUUGGCCGAGAGCCGUGCCAGUGACACGAUGACCCUUCAAGCUCCUGAGCCGCUGGACAUCGAGAAGUACAUGCAGGAAGCGGGCUAUGCAGAGACUUACAAUUUUGCUGUCCUUUAAGAGGAUUUUGAAUGUAGUCAGUGUUUACAUGAAUGAAAUCCACCUACUGUAAACUGAAUGAACUUUACUACUGAGUCAAUUUCUCGGAAAACCUAAAAAAAAUUAAGGCUCUGACCCCAGCAUAAGGCUUGGACACUUUCGUGACCAUGUGCUGCACCUACAUGCUGGGGGUCUUCAGGCAAGUGGAGAGAUUUUAAUCACUACAGUAUUUGCAAUGCAAACUUAUUCUACUUUCUUAUAAAGUUGCAUCAAACCAGAAUUGGGGCAGCAUCUAACUCUCAACAGAAAAAGAAAAAAAGCUAUCAGAUUCCUCCUCUGACACGUUCACAGAUAACGGGCCACCAUUAUCUCCUAAUGUUACACCAGUCCUAAUAAUAGACAGAUGAUUAUUUUUAUGCCUGGGUUCACUGGUUGUCCCGCCGUCUAUCUGAGAUCUCAAUAUAAAUCCAAUGCAUAUAGAGGCAGAUGAUCUGAUUACAUUUUAGAAUUGAUUGAAACAGGGUCAAGGUCACAACAAGGUCACCUGUCGGUUUUACGUGUAUUUAAAUUGAAUCAAAAGGACUAGAUUCUUGGUGAAAGAGGCAUCUUCAUCACCACCACUGGCUUCGAGUUCUCCUUGCUUUGGAGAACAUGCCAAAAGCAGAAGCUAAACUUCAUCCCUGGCUGAAUCAAUCUGAUGAAGAGCUCCAUAAUUCUGUAACUUAUCUAUAGUCUAUUUAAAAACUGCACUCUAAUCUAAUCUAACACACUCUUUAUCUUUUCUAAGACACGUUUGUGAACUGUAAUGAAAAUCAGAAGGCUAAUUAGUGCAAUUUGCGAGGCAAUAGCUACCAUGUGCCUUAAAGAAAAUGGUGAUAAUCAGCCUUUACUGUGGGCUGAAGGUCACCGUUACCAUAGAAACAGCCAUAAAAAUGGAUGGCAUUAUCAAGCCUAUUAUGGGGAAAUCUGAAGCAACCUAAAAGUGUUUUUGUCCAUGUUAAAGUGUAAGAAAGAUGAUAUAUGAAAAUAAAUUAUAACGAU